AUGUUCCAGUAUUCAAAGUUCAAACACAGGAAGCUCUCAGCUCAGACAUAGUAGAGUAGCGGACUCGCAGAGUCGCAGCGAGGUGCGGAGGUGGUCGGAGAUGAUGCUCACCGGAGACAUACCGCCGAAUCAAACAAUCUACAUUAAGAACUUAAGCGAGAAGGUCAAGAAAGAAGAGUUGAAGAGGUCUCUUUAUUGUUUAUUCUCACAGUAUGGUAGGAUAUUGGACAUUGUAGCCUUGAAGACAGCGAAGCUCAGGGGGCAGGCAUGGGUUGUCUUCAGUGAAGUUACAGCUGCAAGUAAUGCUGUGAGACAGAUGCAGAAUUUCCCGUUUUAUGAUAAACCAAUGCGGAUACAAUAUGCAAAAGCAAAGUCCGAUUGCAUUGCUAAAGCUGAAGGUACCUAUGACAAGAAGAAGAAGCAGGAUGAAAAAGCUGAAAGGAGGAAACGCACUGAAGAAGCACAGCAUUCUGGCACUGCUAAUGGCCAAAGAGCUGAUGCAAAUGGAGGCCCAGCUGUUGCUGCCCGCCAAGGGAAGCCAGGAGCACAAGAAACGACAGAACCAAAUAACAUACUCUUCAUACAGAACCUGCCCCACGAGACUACGAGCAUGAUGCUGGAAGUGCUCUUCAAUCAGUACCCCGGUUUUAGGGAAGUUCGAAUGAUAGAAGCAAAGCCAGGCAUCGCGUUUGUGGAAUUCGAAGAUGACGUCCAGUCCUCAGUUGCCAUGCAGGCCCUUCAAGGCUUCAAAAUUACACCCCAGAAUCCUAUGGCUAUCUCCUAUGCCAAGAAAUAGGUUCUCAUGCUCAAGGUGCCAAGGUCUUCUAUAUUUUUGUUAUGGUCAUUCAUUUAACUCUUGCAUUUUCUUGCUUUGUAACAAAGUUGUCCUUGAGUUCAACUUAAAUAUUUUUUUUUUAUAUGGCAAAGAAUUUGGAAAAAUGCAGUAUG